GCAUUCUCGAAGCGGGUCAUUUAACUAUUUUUUUUUAUUUUCGAAAGCUUCAUAUUUAAAAAUUCUUCAAAUAAGUGUAAGAAUAGAAAAACCACAAGUAUUUUUGAGUGUUUAAAGCGUUUUAAAGAUUGGUUAUGUUGGGAGGUAACAAAAUAAAGAUGAAAAAUAUGGGUGGAAACAUGAUGCGUAACAAUAUGAAUCGCAAAAACUUUCAACAACAAAACUUCAAUCAACAACUUGAUAAUUCAGGCUUCAUGGACUUCAGCAAUAACUUUAAUGAUCAGCAACAACAAAUGCCGCGUCAGCAAAACAACAUGAAUAACAUGAACAAUAAAAGAAAGAUGAAUGGACAGCAAAAUCGAAGUCCAAAGAAAAAUAUGAAUUUUCAGAAUGGCAACAACAAAAAUUGGAACAAUAAUCAACAACAACCACAGCGAAGAGUCCCUGCUCCUCAAAUGAUGAAUCAGCAGAACCAAUUCCAACAGUUUAAUCCUGUUCCAGCACCUCAAAUGAAUCAGCGAAUGCCUCCGGUCAAUUAUAGAAAUAAUGGUAAUAACAACAUGAGGAAUGGUCCAUCAAAUUCUUCAAUGAACUUUCCACCAAUGCAAGGAAGAAGAGGACCUCAAAUGAAUAUGGGAGGUGGCCCGUUAGGAGGACCCAAUAUGGGUCCCAUUCCACCACCUCCAAUGAAUAUACGAGCUGGUGGUCGUCCUCCAAUGAGACGAUCAUUCCAGAAACCCUUCAACAACAACAUGAGAAAUAAUAGUAAUCAGAACCGUAAGAAUCCCAAUCUCACAAAAGUCGAUAAACCGAAAAAUAGAAAAAUGCAGCAAAAUGUGAACAAAAAAAAUGUUGGAAAUCGUGCAAAAAAACGUCAACGAGAUCCUUAUUCACUUGAAGCUCCUUUUGUCACAGACGAAAUUCGUGAAGAGCAUAAGAAGAAAGAAGACAUCCUUGAGAGUCUAAAGGGAAAAGGCAAAAACGACGAAUUAUUUGCAAAGUUCAAAGAGCAACGCGACAUUUUUGUGAAGAAAUACGACGAGGCAAAGAUGGCAUAUCAAGCAGAAAAGAAGGCUCAACGCGAAGCAGCAAAAGCUGCUAAGGCAGAAGAAGCCGCAGCUGCAGCUAAAACUGCUCAAGAGACAUCAAGUACUGAUACGGUACCAGCAUCACAAACUGAAGAAGAAAACAAGGGAGAGUCUAACGUCACAGAAACUCCUGCAACUGAAGAAGAAAAUGCAUCGAAUACUCCUCAACCAUGGCACAGUAAAAAAGCCGAUAUUGCGUUGAUUGGUCUUGCUGUGAUGGGACAAAAUCUCAUCCUGAACAUGGAUUCAAAAGGUUUCGUCGUCUGUGCAUUCAAUCGUACUGUUGAUAAAGUUAAACACUUUUUGGAUAAUGAAGCAAAAGGAACGAAGAUUAUUGGCGCGACGUCAAUGGAAGAUAUGGUCAGCAAAUUGAAGUCACCGCGUCGUGUUAUGUUGCUGGUCAAAGCUGGCAGUGCUGUUGAUGAUUUCAUCAAGCAAUUGACACCAUUGUUGUCACCUGGUGACAUUAUUAUCGAUGGUGGCAACUCAGAGUAUCAAGACACUGCUCGUCGUGUUGAAGAGUGCAAGAAGAAUAAAUUGCUGUUUGUUGGAUCAGGUGUGAGUGGAGGUGAAGAAGGAGCUCGUUAUGGUCCAUCAUUAAUGCCAGGUGGUAAUCCCGAUGCAUGGCCACAUAUCAAAAAUAUUUUCCAAUCAAUAUGUGCAAAAUCCGACAACGAUCCAUGUUGUGAAUGGGUUGGUGAAGGUGGUUCGGGACAUUUUGUUAAAAUGGUUCAUAAUGGCAUUGAAUAUGGGGACAUGCAGUUGAUUUGCGAGGCUUAUGAUCUCAUGAAAUCAUUGGGAUUGAGUCAGAAAGAGAUGGCUGAUGCUUUCACUGAAUGGAAUAAAGGAGAACUUGACUCAUUCCUUAUUGAGAUAACUCGUGACAUUCUCAACUAUAAGGACAAGGAUGGAAAAUAUUUAUUAGAGCGUAUUCGUGAUACUGCUGGUCAGAAGGGAACUGGCAAGUGGACAGCAAUUGCUGCACUUCAAUAUGGAGUUCCAGUGACACUUAUUGGUGAAGCUGUUUUCUCACGAUGUCUCUCAGCUCUUAAAACCGAACGUGUCAAGGCAAGCAAACUUCUUUCUGGUCCAAAUACAAAGCCAAGUGUAGACAACAAAGCAGAGUUUCUCAACCACAUCAAAAAUGCUCUCUACUGUGCUAAAAUCGUUUCGUAUGCUCAAGGUUUCAUGUUGAUGCGUGAAGCUGCCAAGGAGAAUGGUUGGAACUUGAAUUAUGGUGGAAUUGCCUUGAUGUGGCGUGGUGGUUGUAUUAUUCGAAGCGUGUUCUUGGGAAAUAUUAAGGAAGCUUUUGUUCGUAAUCCUCAACUUUCCAAUUUGUUGCUGGAUGAUUUCUUCAAAGCUGCAAUUACUGCAAAUCAGAAUUCAUGGAGACAAGUUGUCUCUAAAGCGACUCUUUGGGGAAUUCCUGUACCUUGCUUAUCAGCUGCUCUUUCUUUCUUUGAUGGAUAUCGUUCAGAGAGACUUCCAGCGAAUCUUCUCCAAGCUCAACGUGAUUACUUUGGUGCUCACACUUAUGAAUUUUUAAGUUAUUAUUACAUUACAUUAAAUCACUUUGGUGAAAUGUCAUCUUCAUCGGCAACACGUUCAACUGUCCUGUCAUUGUACAAAAAGCUGCUACGAGAGGGAUCAAAAUUUCCAGCUUACAAUUUUAGAGAAUAUGCUUUAAGAAAAACCAGGGAUACAUUUAAGGAGCAUAAAAGUUUAUCAGAUGAGGCAGCUAUCAAAACCUGUAUUAAUGAAGCUAAGGAAAAUUUGGAAGCAAUACGAAGACAAGUUGCCAUUGGAAAUUUAUAUCAAGCCGAUAAGCUUAUCAUAGAAAAAUAGUCGCUCUGCAUUUAUUUUCUCAGUGAUUAAAUACAUUUAGUUUCAAAAACUAAUUUUUAUAGAUGAUAAAUGUAAAAUUUAAUGUUUAAGCUCUUAUCAAUGAUACAAUAAAUCAAUUAAAAAAAACUAUAAACAUUGUUACAAAGGCAAAACUUUGUAUG